AUGUGUGGUUUUUCACUUGCCUGGUGUUCCUGGAACGUUGACGUGCGCUGCCAAAAAUGCCGUUUGCAAGCCACGAAGCAUCAAAGUCUUAGUAAGACAAAUCUGGCGGAUCAAGCCCUCAACAGAAUGGCUCAGACUGCCCGCGCCAUGGUGUUGUUGGCAUUCCUUCUCAUCGGCCUUGGUGGCAUCACACAUCGACAUCCGUUCGUCGACAGUUCUGACGAUGGCCUCGAUGGUGGCCAGAUCGAUACGAGCUUCGUGGUGCCGCACAUGGCAAACUUUGCUGGCAGCCGUGGCUUGUCCUUGAACUCACACAUUGUCAUGAAGGCGAAGGAAAAAGACAAGCAACAAUGUGAGGCUCAGUGCGGUGCAGCAUCUUCCAGUUGCUGCGCAGGGUGCACACGAUCACCGCCACCAUUGAGAGGGCCUUGUAUGGCUUUGUGCGGCAGUGCCUUCGUUGCAUGCAUGGCUUCAUGCUAG